AUGGAGUCGUUAGUGGCGGAAGCAUGUUCUAUUUUGUCUGGUGAAUUGGCUCAACAAUUGAAACAACGAUUAACAGAAAGUGAUAGAUCUAAGUUAAAAAGUAGAAAGAAAAGGAGAUGGUGGGUAAGGCAAUGGAUUCAAAAGCGUAAAAGUAAUGGUGGUUCUAUGUUUAUUUCACGCGAGUUACGAAAUGAAAAUCCGGAAGAUUUUAAAAACAUUUUAAGAAUGUCAGACACACACUUUGAAUAUUUGUUGAAUAAAAUAAAAUCCAAGAUUCAAAAAAUGGACACAACAAUGAGGGAAGCUAUUCCAGCAGAUACAAAACUCAAAUUAACACUUCGCUACUUAGCAACGGGUGAUUCAUUUAAAAGCCUGGAAUAUUUUUUUAGAGUUCCUAAAUGUACCAUCAGUUUAUUUCUACCUGAAGUUUGUUAUGAAAUAUACACAGCUCUUGCAGAAUUUAUUGAAGUGCCAAAAACAAAAAAUGAAUGGGAUGAAAUAGAAAAAGGUUUUCAAAAGAGAUGGAAUUUUCCGAGAUGCAUCGGAGCAAUGGACGGGAAACACAUCCUCAUUAAAGCACCACCUAAAAGUGGAUCAGAGUUUUACAACUAUAAACACCAGUACAGUAUUAUAUUAUUAGCAUUAAUUGACCACAAUUACUGUUUCACGUACAUUGACGUUGGUGCAAAUGGGAAGGCAUCAGAUGGUGGUGUAUUUCAAGAAAGCUCUUUUUUUGAAGCAUUGGAAAACAAUACUCUAAAUACCCCAGACGAUGUUGUUUUUGUAGCUGAUGAUGCUUUUCCGCUCAAGACGUAUUUGAUGAAGCCGUAAAACAGAAGAAAUUUAACAAGAGAACAAGCAAUUUUCAACUAUAGAUUAUCCAGGGCUAGACGAAUAUCAGAAAAUGCUUUUGGCAUACUUGUUAGCAAAUUUAGAAUUUUUGAAAGACCAAUCCCAUUGAUACCUCAUAAAGUCGAUAAAAUUGUUCUCGCUUGUUGUGCAAUACAUAAUUGGUUACGAAAAACAAGUCAAGCCUAUUUACCACCAGGUCUUA